GGGAAGGAUGACCACUCUCACACGGCAGGACCUUAACUUUGGGCAAGUUGUUGCAGAUGUUCUUUCAGAAUUUCUGGAAGUGGCUGUUCACCUUAUCUUAUAUGUCAGAGAAGUUUACCCUAUUGGGAUCUUUCAGAAGAGGAAAAAAUACAAUGUACCUGUCCAGAUGUCCUGCCACCCGGAGCUGAAUCAGUACAUCCAGGACACGCUGCACUGCGUAAAGCCGCUGCUCGAGAAGAACGAUGUGGAGAAAGUUGUAGUUGUAAUCCUGGAUAAAGAGCACCACCCUGUGGAGAGAUUUGUCUUUGAGAUCACCCAGCCACCUCUUCUUUCCAUUAGUUCGGAGUCCCUGCUGUCCCACGUGGAGCAGUUACUGCGUGCCUUCAUCCUGAAGAUCAGUGUGUGCGAUGCGGUGCUUGACAACAAUCCCCCAGGUUGCACCUUCACAGUUCUGGUUCACACACGGGAGGCUGCCACACGAAAUAUGGAAAAGAUCCAGGUGAUAAAGGAUUUCCCAUGGAUCCUCGCUGAUGAGCAAGACGUGCACAUGCAUGACCCCCGGCUUAUUCCUCUGAAAACUAUGACAUCUGAUAUCUUAAAGAUGCAGCUGUAUGUAGAAGAACGAGCCCACAAAGGCACCUGAUUUCAAAUCUUCCUUGCCUUCAAGCCUCAUCUGAUCUUCCAGUGGAAUAAGAUCUCACAAACCAUACCUUGAUAACUGUCUCUUCAGCUGGCCUUCUGGGUGAAUGUAGAGCAGCUGCUGCCUCUUUAUUUCAAGUGCUCUUACCACUGUAUAUAGAACUGACUUGGAAUGUGGAGCCAGAGCCUGUGUUCCCGUAUACGCUCAUGUGUGAGAGUGAGUACAGGUUUUGUUACAGUGAAUCCCUGGGGGCAGGGUACAGGCAACUGCGGUACGCAGUCAGUGCUUUGUACAAAUCCAGUUCUCACCUUAAUAGGGCAUCUCCAUUGCACAUCGGCAGUGACAUACAGCGAUCUGUUACAUGCUCCACUAGAGCAAUGGACUCAUACUAAGGGUGAGUGAGGCCUUAUGUAGUGUCUGUCCACUGUGACUGUCCUAAGUAGUCUUCAAUAAAUAUCAAAUUUUA